AGAUAAGUAGUUUUAGAUGACGACAUAUCACUUUAGUAAGCCAUGCACAGCUAGUAAAGUGAUGAUAAUACAAACAUUAUCAGGCGCGUGAGAUUACUCGGCGUCGCGCGGCAGUAGCUCACGAUGCCGGCUCGAGAGGAGAAAGGUUUCGUAGACCUGGACACCAUUCUGGUGGAGGAGAUCGGCCAGUUCGGCAAGUUCCAGCUGCGGACCCUGCUGCUCACCGUCAUCGUGGUCAUCUUCGCAGCCUUCCAUGCCGAGUACGUGUUCACUACCGCCAGGAUCGAAACAAGAUGUUUGAUCCCGGAGUGCGAUGGCGAGCAGCCGGAGUUCUCCCCGGCGUGGCUCAGUAAGGCAGUGCCUAAAACGGAGGACUCGUUCGACAACUGCCAGCGGUUUGGUAACGCGACAGUGUUGCCGCGGGCCGACACUUGUCCCGCUGAGCUGUUCGACAGGGACACGCUGCUGCCCUGCGACCAGUAUGUCUACCAGAACCAGCUCAGUGUCGUCUACGACUACGACUUAGCGUGCGACGAGUGGCGUCGCUCGCUGAUCGGGUUCGUGCGUACAUUUGGCACGCUGACGGCACUCCCUAUCACUGGCUACAUCUCGGACCGCUGGGGGCGACGCAUUGCACUUACUAUCAAUGCGUUCAAUACCGGCUGGAUUGGAGUCACCAGGUAUUGGGCCGACACCUACAUGGGCUUUAUGAUCUCAGAAUUUGUGGAAGCGACCUUUGGAGCCGGAGUCUUCUCAUGUAUUUAUAUUUUGGUUCUGGAGCUCGUAGGUCCGAAAUACCGAGUCAUUGCUGGAGCCAUUCUAAAUACAUUCUUCGCGGUGGGGCAGGUGAUCAUGGGGCUCAUAGCUUGGGCCGUGCCUGCGUGGAGACCGCUCACUCUGGCUCUCUACAUACCGCAGCUCUUCACUAUCGCCUACUUUUGGAUCGUGCCGGAGUCUGUACGUUGGUACAUGAGCAAGGGCAGAUAUGAAGAGUCAGAGGCUUUGCUCAAAGAGGUAGCGAGGGUGAACAAAAAACAGUUGUCAGAGAAAUCGUUGCAGGCGUUGAGAGACAGUGCCGAGUUAGACAAGCAGCGUGAGGCAGACAGGAAGGAGCAGAAUGUCCGCGAGCCCUGGCUGGUGGUGAAGGUGUUUCAGCACAAGCGGGUCCUGUUCCGCUGCUUCGUGUCUCCGCUGUGGUGGAUCAGUAUGACGCUCAUCUACUACGGGCUGUCCAUCAACGCGGUGAACAUGUCUGGCAACGUGUACGUCAACUACAUGGCGGUGUCCGCGGCUGAGAUCCCAGGGUUCUGGAUAGCCGUGCUGCUGCUGCCCAUCGUGGGGAGGAAGCCGGUGCUCAUAGCGGGCUUCUGGCUGUGUGCUGGGUGUCAAGUAGCGUAUAUUCUGAUGCCUAGUGACAUGUUCGGGCUGUCGCUGACCGUGUACCUUAUCGGCAAGAGUAGUAUCUCAGCGGUGGUGACGUCACUGUACAUGUACACGGCGGAGCUGUACCCCACGGAGUGCCGCCACAACCUGUUCGCGUUCUCCUCCAUGGUGGGCAGGAUAGGGUCCAUCACGGCGCCGCUCACACCAGCUAUUGGCGCCGCAACAUUUUACAAUCUGCCGUUCAUCUUGUUCGCGGUGCUAGCGUUCACGUCCGGGUUCCUGGUGCUGCUGACUCCAGAGACCCUCGGCACCAAGCUGCCGGACACGCUGGAGCAGGCCAACAACCUCGGCACUUCUAAACAACAGAACUACACCUAGAGACAUCAACAAAACCUAAGGGGUACUCAGAAGUGCACAUAUAUAACACAUAUAACGUAACACCCAGGGUGAGCGUAAUUGGGAAUAUCAAAAACCCGGUAUGAUUAUAGUGAUUCUUUGUCCUCCUUGGGAAUCAUGUGAGUUGUACUGCUGGAGGCACUUAUGACUAAUGUUACUUUGCAAUACCUGAGAGCAAAGAUACGAAGCCACUAGCGUUUUUUCUAAUUUUAACGCAACCUCUAUAACUUUACAAAAAGUAUUCGUAUUAGAACAAAAUUAUCUCAUUUUACAGGUAAUUAAAUUGGUUUCCAUACGACAUACUUCACCAAUUUAUAAAAUACUUGUAUCAGGAAAUAUUUGUUAAGAAAUGAAAAAUAAAAACAGCUAGUUACUCCGUUUCUUUGCUCCCAAGUGUAUAGUGAAGUGCGUGACCUAUGUAUACUGUAUGUAUAAUAAUUAAGUUAGCAAAUAUUUGCGAGUCUCAUUACAGAAGCCUGUACGAAUGUUGAUGUACUGACAGACAAUCAACUAUUUGUUAUAUUGAAGUAAUCACGUUCGUCCGGAACUCUGAUGUUACAAUAAACGUGUAACUUAGUA